GGAAAAUCUGGGGAUAAUUUGGGAUAUUUCGGGAAUUUGUCCCCAAAUUCCGCUCCGGGACUCCCCAGAGCGGGGGAGGGGACCCCAAAAACGUCCCCAAAUAGCCCCGGAAGUGACGUAACGCCGCAAGGAGGCCGCGCCCACCCCGACAAAGCGCUGGCCAAUCAGGAGCCGCGGCCACGCCCCCGGUGGGCGGGGCCAGGGGAAGAUGGCGGCGCCCGUGCGGGACCGGGAGGCGCUGCAGAGGCUGAGCUUCCUCUUCCAGGCCGCUCACUGGGCCGCGUCGGCGUCCCCGGCGCUCUCGCGGUUCCUGCUGCGCACCCAGCGAGCGGCCGCGCGGCGCCUCGUGCUGCGCAUGGCUCCCUCGGUCAAGCGCCGCUGGUGCCGCCGCUGCUGCUCGCUGCUGGCGCCGGGCCGGGGGGCGGGGGUGCGCCUGCGAGGGCGUGGCCAGCCCCGCCUCGUCCUGCGCUGCCUCACCUGCGGCCACGGGCGGCGCUACCUGUGCAGGCCGGAGCCACGCCCACCCGGGCCACGCCCACCCGGGCAGGACACGCCCACGGGUCAGUGGGGGCGGGGCGAGGAGGAAAAGGGGCGGGGCCAAAUCCAAACAUGGGAACAUGGGCGUGGCCAAACCAAAUAA